AUGGCCAUGGCCGAUUUUCGCUAUCCGACCUCGCCCCCGCAGAACUUAAAAUCGGCUGGUUCUGGCUCGGCUUCGCAGACCGAUAUGAAUGCCAUCGACAGCGACAGGAGCAUUGCCAUGGAGCCGUCCGCCUCCUCUUCGUCCAUAUCCUCUUCCGCUUCCUCGCUUCUCACGGCAUCGUCCACCACAUCCUUCCAGACCUCGCCCUACCUACCGGUCACACCGAAACACACAUUCCAUUCUUUUGAUCCUGCGUACAGCCCAGUUGUCCACUCCGACAUGGACGCCUGCGCAGCCAGGGAUCGCAACCCUGCCGGUCCGUCGAUGACCACGAAGACUCUUGGCGUCAGCAACUUGAUCUCGCCCCCAGAGGCCGAACAUUUGGACAGCUUUGAUGUCCACAGCAACGUCCUAGACAGCAAGGCCAAAAACCCCCACCCGGAAUUGUACUCACCUCCCAUCACGCCCCAUGUUCAAAAGAUCGAUACUGUUGUACAGGGCAACCAGGACCCUAUCCUCUUCCCGGCCGCAAGCGACACGGCGACCUCUGCCUUGCAGUCUCGCCCCCUCUUCUCAGACAAAGAAGACGGACAUCGCAAUGUCCCCAGAGACAACAACCUCGCACUUUUCGAGCUCGUCCCUGCCCCGCCUCACAGCUCUGAGAUGCCUGCGCUCUUCAUGGUGUCCAAUGUCAUGAGCCAUUUCCAGGCGGACCCGCGCAGUUGGCUCAAGGUGCAGAGGGAGCAGCUGAAGAAAGACGACCAGCUCCGACGUGCGGCCAUGCGCUCCCUGUCCCGCACCCCCGCCGCAUCGAAGCCAGCGACGUCUUCGUCGGUGCGCCGGACUUUCGCUUCCCGUGUUCCACGGGCUCGCCCAGCAUCGCAGCCGUCCCACACCGCAUAUUCCCAGCGCGAGGAGAUGGCGCUUCUCCAACCGGUCCAGAGCAUCGACCAUCGCGUUGCAAAACGGACCAUCCGCACCGCUACCAUGCCGCAUGGGAAUCCCCCAACACACAUUGCCCCCCUGCUCAAUGGGACGCCGCGUCCUGCAUCGAGCGGCGGCGGCCAGGGCGGGAAGCGUGUGCCCGGCGCCUCCCCGGAGCCACGAAUCCGGACGUCGGCGCCAAAUCGCGAGGACAAGGACUUCAUGGCGCUCGAGGACUACUGCCCCCCGCUGUCCACGCUUCCCGAGCGGACAAACAAUCUCAAAGUCGACUGGAAGGGCACCCCGCUCGAUCUGUCGCGCGACCCCCUCGUGCACCUGCUGCACCGGGACGAGGUCGGCCUUGCCGCGAGCCUCCGCCUGGACUGUGCCACCUAUCUCACGAGCAAGCGCCGCAUCUUCAUACGGCGUCUGGAGUGUGCGCGCACGCCCAAGGAGUUUCGCAAGACCGAUGCCCAGCAGGCCUGCAAAAUCGACGUGAACAAGGCCUCCAAGCUCUGGACGGCCUACGAAAAAGUAGGCUGGCUAAAGCUGGAGCACAUUGCCCGUUUCAUCUAG